GCCUGGACGUGCAGAUGGAGACCUGCAGGAGGCUCAUCAAGGGCUCAGCUGACAGGAAUUCUCCAUCCCCCAGCUCGGUAGCCAGCAGUGACUCAGGAAACACAGACGAAAUUCAGGAUGACUUGGACAGAGAGACGGACGUGGAGCCCAUGGUCAGCUGAUAGCAAGUGGGAGCAUCCCAGUCAAGGGCAAGAUGGAGAGAGAAGAUUCCAAACCAAUUGCUGGGGGAAAGGUGAAAGACUCGAGAGCCCCCUCAGAGGGACUCUGAGGACUCAUUCCUACACACAUCCCCUCCCAGCCAAGGAUUGGUGCUGUACAUUUCUAUUGUUCUACAAACCAUGAAUGCAGAGUCCUGUAGGAAACACCGUGUUUUAAUUGUGCCUUUGCCCCAAGCUGAGCCACUUUGAGCUCCAGUGGAAUAUUAAUAGCAGGUGUUUUUAUAAAAUAUAUUGUUAAAAAAAAAAAAACAAACAACCAAAGCUGGUGGCAGCAGAGGAUGGUGCUGCAGAGGCUCUGGGUACUUCAAUAAGCUGCUGGUUUUAUUGAGCUGCUGCACUGAUUGGCAAAAGCAACAUUGGCAAAAAGAGCAGCAAAACCAAGACAAUUGUGGUGCAAUUACCAAUGGCUGGCACAAGAAAAAAAGAAAAAUAAUUGCCUCCAAAUUGAGCUGCAAAUGUUUAAAAUUAACAGCGGGUUUGGAGACAGCUCCUAGGGUGAAGCAGUUCUACAAAAUUCAUUGGGUUUUCUUCAUCCCACCUUUUGGGGUGAGGGAGCCUUUGGGAUGUGUCCAAGGUUUCUUCUGGACUCCAGGAGCUGGAGGAGCAGGACUCAGCUCGGUGGCAAAGCUGGGGGGCACAGGAGGGGUCACUGGGGGGGGACUAUCACUGAGUAACUUCUAUGCAAAAACAAAAAAAAAAAAGCUCGCCUUAUUUAUAUGGAAUGUUUGGUCCUUGUUGGGCUACAGUUAUCCCUUGGGAAAAGGAAAGCUAAACCCACAUUUGCACACUUAGAUGUCUGUAGAGCUUCUUUUGAGGUGGAAUGUUGUAUCACAAUGCCUUUGUUUCCAGUGGUUGGAUUAGGAGGGGGGUCAGCCCUGGUUUGUGUCGUUUUUCAGGGUUUUUUUUUAGUGUUUGCAGAAUUUCCUUUGCUGACAGAGAUAACUCCAUUUAUGCUGCUUCCAUGAUGUGUAGAGUGGGGUAGGUGAAGCAUCAGGAUAAACUGACCUAGGUGUGGGCUGGAGACAGGACUUUGGGAGAGGUCCAGAGCACUGUUCUUGGGGAAGGCUGAGCACUGGGAAAUGCUGUAAUCCUUUUUAGGGCGUAGUAAACUGAAUCCCAAAGUGCUGCUGCCCUAGAACUGGGGAGGAACAGCCACGUGCUUUCUCUGUGAGAAAGUGGCAAGACCUUGGCUUUGCCCAUCUUUCUGCAUUUUUACCCAGGAGAAGCAGCAUCAAAGUUGGAUCACGCGGUGGUGGCUGAGGAAACCCCAGCCCCACUGAGCUCUCCACAGUUAGAGUGGGAAUUGUAGCCCCUCAGCCAGGUAAAAACAGGGUAUAAACCUCAGCCAAUAACUUCUUGUUUGUUUUUAAACCAAGACUGAGAACGUAGUUGAUACUGCCCAAAGCCAGCUGUGGGGUUUAGCAGUGGUUGGAACUCAGAAUAAAUACCAAAUGUGUUUGUUUUGCCUGCCAGGAAGAUUGGGAACUGCUGUGCAGGAGCAGUGCUAGGGCUGGACAGGGAAAAUCCCGAUUUCUGCACCCUCUCAGUGGUAGGGAAAGGCAGAGUGGCCAAUCCUGGGAGCUUCCUGAAUGGUGUUCCCAAGCCUCUGGAUCUCUGGAGUUGCAGGAGAAGCAAGCAGCCAGGGCAGAUCCGUGCUGCUCCAUUCCAUAGGGAGCACAGGUCUCUUGGAAAAGGGCUCAUUCCUGGUGGGACUCCUCAGUCGGGGGGUCCUGGUGGAGCUGUGGGCACGGGAAUGUUUCCCCUCCUGUGCUGCUGCCUGGCUGUCAGCUCCAUCUCCUGCCUGGACACGGCCAGCGAGCUCCCUGCCUUUUCCAGGAUCCAUCAGCAUCCACAGUGUGCAGGGCACGAGCUGUAGCUGAUGGCUUCUGUCCCAGCCCGUGGGUCCAGGGGUAUUCCUGUGGUGUCCUUACUGGUGGCAAUGCUCAACCUUGGAUCCUGGGGUGAGGGGCUUCCCAAAGCCUGAUCUGUCCUGUAAAUGUAGAUAACUUUUCUCUGGAAGAGAAACCUCAUUCCAAAGUGCUCAUUCCUGUUAUUUCUUAGGUGGCCAAAGUGGUAAAUGUGAUGUUCGCUAGGGCUGCAAGCUGGGUGUGUGUGUGGGGGGUGGGAUUUGGGGUAUUUUUCGGGCUGGGACUGCACGUUUAAAAUCUACAAUUUGAAAGGGUUUGAAGGGUUUUGAACUUCAGCUGCUCCCGAGGAGCCUCUCCUGAGGCUGAGGGAGCGUCUGCUAUGUCUGGAUGUCUGUGAUGCUUCAGUGGCCGGGGCAGGCAUUGCUCAGCACAGUGAAUCAGCUCCUGGAGCCUGUCCCUGGCUCCCUUCCUGGCUCCAUUCCUGCCGGGAUCGCUCCUGGAGCUGCCCCUGGCUCCUCUGCCCAGGAUCGCUCCUGGAGCUGCCCCUGGCUCCCUUCCUGGCUCCAUUCCUGCUGGGAUCGCUCCUGGAGCCUGUCCCUGGAUCACUCCUGGAGCUGUCCCUGGCUCCUCUGCCCAGGAUUGCUCCCGGAGCUGCCCCUGGCUUCUCUCACCGGGAUCGCUCCCAGAGCUGUCCCUGGCUCCCUUCCUGCUGGGAUCGCUCCUGGAGCCUGUCCCUGGAUCACUCCUGGAGCUGUCCCUGGCUCCUCUGCCCAGGAUUGCUCCCGGAGCUGCCCCUGGCUUCUCUCACCGGGAUCGCUCCCGGAGCUGUCCCUGGCUCCCCUCACCCUGAAAUGCUCCCGGAGCUGUCCCUGGCUCCUUCCCCCGGGAUCGCUCCUGGAGCUGCCCCUGGCUCCUUCCCCCGGGAUCACUCCCGGAGCUGCCCCUGGCUCCUUUCCUGCCGGGAUCGCUCCUGGAGCUGCCCCUGGCUCCCCUCACCGGGAUCGCUCCCGGAGCUGCCCCUGGCUCCUCUCACUGGGAUCACUCCUGGAGCCUGUCCCUGGCUCCUUCCCCCUGGAUCGCUCCCGGAGCUGCCCCUGGCUCCCUUCACUGGGAUCGCUCCUGGAGCUGCCCCUGGCUCCCUUCCUGGCUCCAUUCCUGCCGGGAUCGCUCCCGGAGCUGCCCCUGGCUCCUCUCACUGGGAUCACUCCCGGAGCUGCCCCUGGCUCCCCUCACCGGGAUCGCUCCCGGAGCUGCCCCUGGCUCCAUUCCUGCCGGGAUCACUCCCGGAGCUGCCCCUGGCUCCCCUCACCGGGAUCACUCCCGGAGCUGCCCCUGGCUCCCCUCACCGGGAUCACUCCCGGAGCUGCCCCUGGCUCCCCUCACCGGGAUCGCUCCCAGAGCUGUCCCUGGCUCCUUCCCCCGGGAUCACUCCCGGAGCUGUCCCUGGUUCCCCUCACCCUGAAAUGCUCCUGGCACCACAGCUGCUGUCGGGGUCGUGCUGCCCUUCCACUCUGGGUUUGUUAUUUUUCAUUAAAACUGAGGUAGCAAAGAGGCUGAGUGUUCCCAAACAGUGUUGUGCUGAGGGCAGGGAAUUCCCACAGCAGGAAUUGGGGUGUAGGGUGGGCAGGAGCACCCACAGUGGGUGCUGAGGGAAUUCCCACAGCAGGAAUUGGGGUGUGGGGUGGGCAGGAGCACCCACAGUGGGUGCUCAGGGAAUUCCCACAGCAGGAAUUGAGGUGUAGGGUGGGCAGGAGCACCCACAGUGGGUGCUGAGGGCAGGGAAUUCCCACAGCUGGAAUUGGGGUGUGGGGUGGGCAGGAGCACCCACAGUGGGGUGGGUGAGAGGGGUGUGGGGUGUAGUAGAGGGUGUAGAACUCAUGUGCAUGGUGGUGAUGUGUAGGACAGUAGAGGUUCCCAUGGGUGUCGGUGUCUUUCUUGUAACCACAUGUAAUCCAUUUUUAAAGAAGAAAAGGUGUUUUCGUACUCGGGGUCGGGGUUUAUUUUCAUUUAGGCUGGACCAGCCUUUUGGGGCAGCUGGGGUUGGUCCUUGGGGGUUUCCCUGGGAGGUCGUUGGUUCCAAGUCCGGCCGUGCUGCUGCUCCUGCUCCGUGUGUGUGGCACCGCUCCAGAAACCAGAUCAAAGCUUGCCAGAGAAAAAAAAAAAAAAGAAAAAAAGGAAUUUAAUUGUAAAAAUGCUGGAAAUGAUCUUGAUGACCUCUUUCUUUUUUUCUUUGUAAAGCUGUAAAUACUUUAUUUUUGUUUUCUAUUCUUAAUGCGGUGUCAUAUUGACACUUUUUUAGAUUUACAGUCAGAAAAUCCUCCUCAUUGUUUCUCAUUUUUUAAAAGGGGAUUUCAAGGAAGCAAAUUUUUUUGCUCGCUAGCAGUGUAAUAAUAGAUCAAAUUCCUAAACUGGGUUUGUACAAAAAUGUUUUCAGUAAACAAAUGGCAGUUUGUGGAUGCAUGUUGUUCAAAAAUGUCCAAAGAAUAACGUGGUACAAAUGUUUUAAAGAAUAAUGUGGUACAAACAUUUUUUUCAAAGACUUAGUGAUUAUCAUCUUAGUUCACACAAGGAAAAAAAGCAAAAUUAUUUAAAAAAAAUGUUUGGGGGGGAAUGUAAUGAAACUCAUCUAAGCUAAAUGUGUAAUCUAUUUAUAAAAACACAGUAUAUAUUC